CAUCCAUCCUUGUCACACAAUAAUGAGAGUUCAUUUAAAAUGGAAAAUAAAAACAUGUCUCGAAUUACUUUGUAUAAACACAUUCGAUAUGUUGAUUAUGGGUUAGUUUAGUUAGCGUGUUUGUAGUGGCGGUUUGCACGAUAUGUUGAUGGCUACGGGGAAUGAGUUAAACACCCCAAUUUGGUAUUUCCAUUACUUAUCAAAGAUUGUAACAUACACCGAGUCGUCAUUCCAUUCUAAGGUGUUGUGCUUUCUACAUAUAUGGUUACAUUGAACUGUGUCAUACAAAACAAAUAAACAACAUUGUUUCCAUUGCAAAUUUUCUCAAUUUACGUCGUAAAUCGAAAUAUUCUACUUCCAAAGAAAUUUCCUUUAAAACCUCUUAUUAAAUAAAAACGAGGCAAAUUUUUCACAAUCGAACUCUACGAAUACUGUUUACGUCCGUUGAAAAAACGUCUUCCAUUAAAAACGUGCGAAGUAUUAUCGGGCCGAAAACGUUCGGGGCGAAGUUUAUCAUCAUCGACACAAUCGGAUCCAUAUCAAGAUACAUUAUAUACGGCAAUCAGUCAAAUGGAUUCACCAAGUGGAGCAAGCAAUGGCUCUGCAACAGGCGGAGGGGGGCAUGUAGUAGGAGUAGCCGGUGGAGGUGCACAUGGAAGUACCACAGUCCCAGGCGAAGAUGGAGAUGAUAGUCCGAAUGGUUGGAAUUGUAGUAUACAUCCUAGUGUAUUUUUUUUAUUAGGUACUCUGGUAUUAACAUCAUGUUCAUCAGCAAUGUUAUGCGCAGCAAUUAUGACUGAUCAUUGGGAGGAAGUAACCUGGCAUAGAGAUAGUUUAAGAAGUUUAGUACAAGAAUAUAAUAACAUGUCAAUACAAUCGAUAGGCCAAGAACUGUAUCACAUACAUCAUUCACAUCGACAGUUAAUACACUUACAAUGGUUAUUAGAUGGUACUGUAGUUCGAGUGACAACAUCUUCAGCGAAUCUCUUAGAGGAAGAAAGUUCUACACAAAUUAAUCAUUCAGAGCGGUCACCAGUUGCAUUUUUAGUUCCAAUGCAUGGAGGAAUUUGGACGCUAUGUGUAAAUUUAUCUGAGGAAGAAAUCACUUUAUUGGGAAGAGUAGGUUUUCCACCAGUAAAAACUUGUGUUAAUUAUUUAGCUGGCGGUAUUGAUGGCGCAAGAGAAGAGCCCAGAUCUGACUGGCAACAUAGUACGUAUAGAAUGCAAAAUUUAUCAAUUUCGUGUGCCCUAGUCUGCUUAAUUGUAUUAGGCAGUGCAGCAUUGGUAGGGGCAUUUGGUGUAUGUAGACAUCAAAUUAGCGCAGUUUUAGUCACUGGUGUAAUGUAUUUACUAGCAGCUUCUUUUGCACUCUUCACGCUAACAAUAAUUCACUUUAAACGCAAAAAGGGAGGAACUCAAAUUGGAACAAUAAAUCCAACUGGAGCUCAUGCAGAUGGAACGGUUGAUGGAGUAGUAACGGCAUUGGCAACGAUUCGUGGUGGUAGCCCCGCAGCCGAGGCAUUACGAUAUUUACUUUCAGCACGGGAGUUUAGUACAGCCUGGAGUUUAGAUUUAGGUUGGGGUGGUGUAAUGCUAACUGUUAUGACAAGUGUCUUAUGGAUUUUAUUAAGUAAAAUAAUGAGGUUUAAUCCUAUUAGCAGUAUGAUCAAUUAAUUAAUUCUAAUUUAAGUGAUUUAUUAGAAAUUAAAUUUCGCGCUUGUUAAAAAUUUUACAAUAUAUACAUUUAGGAAUAACCUAGAAAUAACGAAAUUUAACAACGCUUUUUUAAUAAUAGUAACGAUUUGGAUAAUAGACAAAUAAGUCGUAAUUGCCAGUAGAAGAGACUCCGUUGUGGGCCCAACGAUGAGUUACUUUAAAAUUAUAAAUCUAUCUUUUAUCGUUGGCAUCGACAACAGAGUCUCUUUUAUACAUAUAACAGGAAUAUUUUGAAAAAGGCACUCCAUUCAUCAAACUGUACUCUAGUUAAUAGAUCUGAAUCUUAAUAUUAUAGAUGAAAACUAGAGGAAUGGAUAGAUUGUGUCUAUGAACCUAAAAGAAAAUAAAUACUUGUCUCUGGAAAAAACUAUAGAAAACGCACAAAAUUAAUAAUAACCAAAAAUAUUCGCAAAUUGAACAUAAUUUAAUUGAACAUUAGUCUAGUACGACACGAAAAUGGCAAAUUAAAGUUUGGAAAUAAUAAAAUGAUAAAUUGGAAAACUUUUGCAUGUGGCUGUCUGACAAUUCCAUACACCACAUACAGCACAAUGCAAUGUAAACAAGUAAAAAGGAGUGCGUCACUUUGCGCGGCGAAGCAUUAUAUUACACAAUAAAUUUUACUUAAAAUGGCAACAUAUAAGAUGCACAAAGCUUCUUGGCCACUUACGUGGACAAGUUUUUCUAAAGAUGACGCCUUUUCGUAACAGCUCGCCACGCCAAAGUGAGUAUUUGAUAGGCCAAACCUAUCAAAAAUUGAAUUUCGCUAUUCUUGGCCUAUUUUCGCCUGCUAAAAAUUAUAAACAAGAUUAGAGCAAAAUAAUAGUGCCUAGAUUAUUAUUAUAAGAGAUUGUGAUACUCUCAAAACCCCGCUCGCACUGUUUUACUCAUUUUGUAUAUUCAUAGUUCGAAUUUCUGUUUCAAGUAGGACUGAAAAAACAGAGGUAUUUUACAGAAGUUUUAUUAGCUAUGGCUGCGAAAUCGUAUCAAAUACUAUGUUUUAUUACGAUAAAAAAAAAGUAUUUCCAAACUUACGACGAUAAAAAAUAACACCUCUUUUUAAUGGACUUUCAGCUCGUGGCAGAAAAAAAUAAUUAAUUUUUUAGUCUGUAAAUGACAGAGGGCAUAUAUACAGCCACAAACAACAACAAAAUGUAUAAAAUAAUAGGAAUAAAAAAUAGUUAAAAAUUAACAUUAGUAUGUAUACGAGAAAAUCGUCUGCAAAUAAAUUUUUAGUGUAUUGA